UCUCACUAUGUAGCCUCUUAAGAAGCUCACUUGGAACCCCCUGAAGUCCAUAUGGCUCUUUAUGACGAAGACCUCCUGAAGAACCCUUUCUACCUGGCCCUUCAGAAGUGGCGCCCUGACUUGGGCAGCAAGGUGGCCCAGAUCCACGGCAUUAAUGUCCUCAUUGAGGGAAACAGGAUUAAGCUAGGAGCUGGUUUUGCUUGUUUUCUAUCUGUGCCCAUCCUCUUUGAAGAGACUUUCUACAAUGAAAAGGAAGAGAGUUUCAGCAUCCUCUGCAUUGCUCAUCCUUUGGAGAAGAGAGAGACUUCAGAAGAACCUUCAGCACCUUCGGAUCCCUUUUCCCUGAAAACCAUUGAAGAGGACUCCGUAAACGCUCUCUACACCAAAUGCCUCCAGCAGCUUCUGAGAGACUCUCACCUGAAGGUUCUUGCGAAGCAGGAGGCCCAGAUGAACCUUAUGAAGCAGGCAGUAGAGAUGUAUGUCCAUCACGAUAUUUAUGACCUGAUCUUUAAAUACGUGGGGACCAUGGAGGCAAAUGAGGAUGCCAACUUUAACAAAAUCACAAGAAGCCUUCAAGAUCUUCAGCAGAAAGACAUUGGUGUAAAGCCCGAGUUCAGUAAGGUCUCCCUGCUAACCCGCCCGUCCCCUGUGGCCAUCGGGGAGCCAUUGAGAGCGUUACAGAGAGUUGGGGUUGAGGGGAUGGAUGGGAGUUCCUUCGUGCCCUCCCAAGGGUAGAGCCUCGCAGUCUAACAGUGACGAGGCUGGAGACUGCUCAAGAAGCUGCUCAUUAAGCCCCUAAUCGAUUGUGAAGGCUGCUGAGCUAACAGUGGGAUUUAUACUGUCAAUAUCCUGCCUCAUUAACCCCGGCAUCCGAAGAAGCACCCGCUUGGGAAAGGAAACCAGAUACGGCAAAUCUGGAUUGCGUGGGGGAUGAUAGGCAAGAAACGAUAAUUGACGCGUGCAAUUUGAGGACUCGGUGGCCUCAUGAUUGCUGCCUUGGUUGGUUGACGAGCUUUGGUGAGAGAGAGCGGUGUUGUUCCUAUGUACGUUACGAGAGUCUUAAGCCAAGAUGUCACCGCUGGACAGUUUUACUACAUGGUGACAGAUAAAUGGUAUAACCCAGUAGUACCCGGAAAAUCUCCAAGCUGAAGUCAGUAUGGUAAAGAGUGAGCAGGCAUGGUGGUGCACGACUGUAAUCCUAGUACUGAGGCAGGGGACUGACUGCUGUGAGUUUAAGGCUGGCCUGGUCACAUGGCGGGUUCCAUGUCAGCACGGACUGUACUGUGUGACACUGUAUCAGAAGACAGGCAAAAAAUAAAUAAAUAUUAAGAAAAUAAGCAGCCGGGUGUUGGUGGCGCACGCCUUUAAUCCCAGUACCCAG